AUGUCCAGCUCCAACUCUCCCACAUCUCAAACCUCCAACAGCUACGUCGAGCAGACCGUCUCGGUAUUGAGCUCGGUCGCCAGCUACAUGCGUCUGCCUGCGUUGGCUUCAACGGGUCUCGCCGCUGUCCUCACCUCAUUACUUUACUUUAAACAGAAGGCUCUCAUUUACCCGAGUAACAUUCCCGCAAAUUCUCGCUCAGACGUCCCCAAGCCUUCCGACUUUGGCAUCUCAAAUUUCGAAGAACUUUACAUCCCGACCGACGAUGGCGAGAAGCUCUCAGCCUUCUACAUCCGUGGCCCUCGCGGCCACAAGAACUCAAACAUCACCAUCUUGAUGUUUCAUGGCAAUGCUGGCAACAUCGGCCACCGGUUACCCAUCGCUCGAAUGAUCAUAAACUACAUUGGUUGCAACGUUUUUAUGCUCGAGUAUAGAGGCUACGGUUCCUCAACAGGCCAGCCUGACGAGUCGGGUCUCAAUGUUGACGCGCAGACAGGGCUCAACUAUCUGCGGCAGCGGGCCGAGACACGCGAUCACAAGCUCAUGGUUUACGGUCAGAGUCUGGGCGGUGCUGUCGCUAUCAAGCUUGUCUCCAAGAACCAGGAAGCGGGUGAUAUAGCUGGUCUGAUCUUAGAGAACACUUUCCUCUCCAUCCGGAAGCUGAUCCCUUCCGUUGUGCCCCCUGCCAAAUACCUUACCCUGCUAUGCCACCAAGUCUGGCCCAGUGAGUCGGUUCUCCCCAACAUCACAAAGGUGCCUACGCUCUUCAUCAGUGGCUUGCAGGAUGAGAUUGUUCCGCCAAAACAUAUGAAACAGUUGUAUGACCUCUCCGCCGCACCCACCAAGCGGUGGAAGCCUCUCCCAGGUGGUGAUCAUAACUCAAGCGUCCUGGAGGAAGGUUAUUUUGAAGCCAUGUCAGAUUUCAUCGCCGAGGUAACGGGUGAUACACCACAAGAGAAGACACGUUUAAAGCUUCUGGCAUUUGAUGAGGGCGAUCAAAUGGAGGGUGUUGAGCAGGAUAAUGCUGAGAACCACAGUCCUCAGACGAAAGGUGCCGAGGAGAAAUGUAUUGAUGCAAAGAUGACCGAUGCUGAGGUGGACAAGGCCUGCUACAUGAGCCAAGCUGAAUAG